AUGACAAACGAGGCGCCUACUCUCGGGACUAUCCAGGUCCUGCGCAAGGUGCUCGGAUAUUCAAGCCGUGCCGAUGCUCUGCUCUUAGCUGGCGGCACUAUUGCCUCGGCCGUCCAGGGGUUGCUGUUGCCAAUAAUGACAAUUCUUUACGGCUCGCUGGCUGGCGACUUUGCAGGCUUGACGUCCGGUCAGCUUAGUCGCGACACCUUCCUGGCGCACCUCGGCUCCAAGUCUUUAUACUUUGUUUACCUGGCAUGCGCCGAAGCAGUUGCCAGCUACGGCAUCUGGAUGGGCUUCACAGUUGCGGGCGAGAGCAUCACAGCCAAGAUCAGGUGGAGAACCUUGGCCGCCAUUCUCGAGCAAGGCGUUGCCGGGUCCAGCAAGCACGGCCCCGGGGCCAUGACGACGCAGAUCGGCGCACACUGCGACACGAUGCAGGAGGGGAUCUCCAGCAAGCUCGGCCGGGUGCUCGCCGCCGUGGCGGGGGUCAUUGCGGCCUUCGGCAUCGCGUUUUCGCGCGACUGGAAGCUGUCCCUCAUGAUGAGCAGCGGCCUGGUCGCCUUUGGCCUGGUGGGCGCGGCCGGCGGCAGGGCCAUCAAGCGGUCCACGGAGAGGUCCAUGGCCACGGCGGGGGAGGCGUCCAGGAUCGCCCACGAGGCCGUCAGCGGCAUAUCCUGCGUCAUGGCCAGCUCCGCGCAGGGCAGGAUGACGGACAAGUACCUGCAGGUGCUGCGCUCGGGUCUCCGGAACGCGGCUGCUUCGAGGGCGGCGGGCGACGCCAUGAUGGCUGGCAUCGGCUGCAUCGCGACUCUGCUCUUUGCCCUGGCCUUUUGGCAGGGGUCCAGGCUCUUUGUUUCUGGAGAGGUGGACAUUGGCGACGUCCUGACGGUCCUGCUAGCAAUCCUCCUCGGGACGGCCUCGCUUGGCAUCGUUGCACCCAGCGCCCAGGCCCUGACCAGCGCCAUCGCCGCGGCCGAGCAGAUAUUUUCCAUCAUCCACGCCCCGCUGCCAAUCACCUCGAGACCGGACGGCGGUGAAAAGCCCGUCGAGCUGCAGGGCUGUUUUGCUUUUAGAGAUGUACAUUUCAGCUAUCCGAGCCGGCCCGACGUCCCCAUCCUCAACGGGCUAGAUCUGACCAUCGAAGCGGGCAAGACCACCGCUCUGGUCGGGGCCUCGGGCUGUGAAAAGAGCACCAUAUUCAGCUUGCUGCAGAGGUUUUACGACCCGCAGUACGGCACCAUCGAGCUCGACGGGCAUCGCCUCGACGAGCUCUCGGUGGAAUGGCUGCGCAGCAACAUGGCCGUGGUCAGCCAGGAGCCCAUCCUAUUCAACACCUCCAUCCACCAAAACAUCGCAUUCGGCCUGCACAAGACGGGCUGUCGCUACACGCCGGAGAGGGAGAGGUUGCUGGUCGUCGCGGCGGCCACCAAGGCCUGCGCGCACGACUUUAUCGUCGCGCAGCCCGGCGGGUACGACACGGUGGUCGGCGACCGCGGGGCGCUCCUCUCGGGCGGGCAGAGGCAGCGCGUGGCCAUCGCGCGGGCGCUCAUCUCCGACCCCAAGAUCCUGCUCCUCGACGAGGCGACCUCGGCGCUGGACACCGUCUCCGAGAACCUCAUCCAGGCCGCCCUGAGCGCCGCGCGCCGAGACCGGACCGUCGUAAUGAUUGCCCACCGCCUGUCGACCGCGCAGAGCGCCGACUGCAUUGUGGUCCUGGGCGAGCAGGGCGUCGUGGAAAAGGGGACGUACCAAGAGCUCGUCGCGCGGCGCGGUGCCUUUUUCAACCUCGUCGAGUCCCAGGGCGUCGCCGCCGACUUGCCCUAUCGCCAGAAUUUCGGGGUGAGCACCGUGUCGCUGGUGUCGGGGACGGGAACGAGGAUGGAUGAAAAGAGCGACGCGGCGUGUUUGGAGUCUUGUGCAACCAGCGCGCCACACAGAGUAGCCGAGGAGUUUAGACCAUGGCAGGUUUUCAAAUUUGCGGCUCGGGUCUACCUCCAGUCCCGCCAUCUUUUCAUCUUUGGAAUUUUCUGUGCUGUCGUGUGCGGUUGCACAUCCACGAUGCAGUCGUUUGUUGUGGCACAGGCCAUCUCUGCAUUUGGCGACCGCCCCCUUGGCUUGAAAUCACUCCAAAACAUCGAUCACUGGUCAGCACUGCUUAUUGCCGUGGCAGUUGUGCAGCUCACGGCAUCCAUGAUGAGGGGUUUCAGUCUGGCCGUCUGCACGGAAAGGUUCAUCCUUCAAGUUCGAGACAAAACGUUUGGUCACAUGAUGCAGCAGACAAUGUCCUAUUUCGACUCGCACCCUGCCACCUCCCUGACCACCAUGUUGUCGUCACUGCCCGGCGAGCUGAACGGAGCCGGCGCCUCGCUCAUUGGCACCUUCACCAUCGGGCUGGUGGGCCUCGUGUCGGCCAUCUGCCUCGCCAUAGCGGUGAGCUGGAAGCUCGGCCUCGUGUUCACGGCCGUGGUGCCGCUGCUGCUGGCGUCGGGCUACCUGUACGGCGCCUUUGCCAGCUCGAGAGAGCAGCAGGGCAGGAAGCUCUACGCCGACGCCGUGGGCUACGCGACCGAGGUCAUCGACGGCAUGUCCACCGUGGCCUCGCUGCAGCUGGAGGAUUCGGUCCUGGCCGAGUUCUGCGAGACCCUGGCCGCCGCCCGACGCUCGAGCGCCGCCCUGGCAAACCGCGCCUGCCUCGUGUUCGCCGUGUCGCAGGCCGCGCAGUACCUCUGCUUCGCGGCCUGCUUCUACUACGGCGGCACCCUCAUCGCCUCCGGCCAGGCCACCAUGCUACAAUUCUUUAUUUGUUUCACCGCCGUCGUCACCUCCACCCCGUCCGCCGGCGCCUGCUUCGGCUUCCUCCCCGACGUGCACAAGGCCGCCGCCGCCCUGCGCGGCAUCAUGGAUCUGCUGGCCCAGGAACCGCCCAUCGACUCCGCGACGGACGCCGCGGGUCUGGCCGCAUCUAAAGUGUCCAGUCUGAUCGCCCUGGACAACGUCGUCUUUUCGUACCCCGGCAAAGGUUCCGAUGGUGCGCCCACGCUCAGGGGCAUCAACCUCGCCGCGCACAAGGGCCAGCUGGUUGCCUUGGUGGGCCCAUCUGGCAGCGGCAAGAGUUCCAUCCUGUCUCUGAUCCUGCGCUUCUACGAUCCCCAGGCUGGGAGCGUCCUGGUGGACGGGCUGGACAUUCGCAAGCUGCGGGUCUCGUCUCUCCGGCGGCACAUGGCAUACAUCACGCAGGACACGGUCUUGUUUUCCGGCACCAUCCGCGAAAACCUACUCUUCUCGGCGGCCGAUCCCUCGCGCGUAUCCCCGCUCCAGCUGGAAGCCGCCAUAGAAGCCGCGGCGCUCAAGGACACCAUAGCAUCCCUGCCCGACGGGCUCAACACGGCGGUCGGGCACCGGGGCAUGUCGCUGUCUGGGGGCCAGAGACAGCGCAUCGCCAUUGCGCGCGCGCUGAUCAGCAACCCUGCCGUGCUCCUCUUGGACGAGGCCACGUCGGCGCUGGACAAUGUCUCGGAGCAGAUUGUGCAAAAGGCUAUCGGCUCGGCGGCGCUGCACAGAACCACCAUUGCCGUGGCACAGAGGCUGAGCACGGUCAAGAAUGCCGACUGCAUCUACGUUGUUGACCGGGGCUCUGUGGUCGAGUCUGGAACGCACAGGGAACUGCUGGCCAGUGGUGGCUUGUACGCUACCAUGUGGGAUCUACAAACGUCGUUGGAGUAG